CACACCCGAGGAGCUGGCCCGCCAUCGCGGCCGCCCUGGGGACCCGGGCCUCUACUUGGCCUUGCUCGGCCGCGUCUACGAUGUGUCCUCUGGCCGGAGGCACUACGAGCCUGGGGCUCACUAUAGCGGCUUCGCAGCCCAGCGUGGGGGCCGGGCUCCGCCGCAUCAUCCUUCUGGUCUGUUUUGACUCGGGCAGGACCACGGGCGACUGUUAACCGGCCUCUGCUCCCCCUGUCUUUCCCCACCGCUCUUCCUGGCUUAGGUUGGAGAAACACAUCCCUUGUCUCUUGUCAGGGAGAACUUCAGAAGUAAGAAGCAUCGACAGAGAAGGAAUUAAGUUCAGCUGGUGUAGCUGAGCUCCUCGAACAGUCCAGCAAGGGAAGGGACUUACCCAGGGCUACACAGUGAGUUAGAAGCAGAGCUGGGACUGGAAUCAAGCGUUUUAUGUACUUACCAGGCUUUCUCUAGUUGCAGAGAGCGGGCACUACCCUUCAUUGCAGUGCAUGGGCUUCUCAUUGCAGUGGCAAAUGGCCGAGAUGCAUCCAGAGCGUUUGUGACCGGGGAUUACUCUGAAGCAGGCCUUGUGAAUGAUGUAUCUGACCUGUCACUUUCUGAGAUGCUGACACUCCAAAAUUGGCUUUCAUUCUAUGAGAAGAAUUAUGAAUUCAUUGGAAGGGUGAUAGGAAGGUUCUACAGAGAGGAUGGGCUGCCUACCCCUGAACUGACCCAAGCAGAAGCCAUGAUCACCAAAGCCUUGGAGGCAAACAAACAGGACCUGAAAGAGAAGCAGAAGUUUCCACCAUGCAAUGCUGAGUGGAGCUCAACCAGGGGCAGCCGGUUCUGGUGCUCCCAAAAGAGUGGAGGUGUGAGCAGAGAUUGGAUCGGUGUCCCCCGGAAGCUGUUUAAGCCGGGCGCCAAGGAGCCCCACUGUGUGUGUGUGAAAACAACUGGCCCCCCUAGUGACCAGACGCCGGACGACCCUACGCACAGAAAUCGUGGGGACUUGGACCACCCCAACCUGGGGGAAUACACAGGCUGCCCACCCCUAGCCACCACGUGCUCUGUCCCCCUCUAAGCUGUUAUCCUGUAUGUCCAUAACCCGUACCUAAUGGGCCCUUGACUCAUGUGCUCUGGGAUGGCUCCUACGUGAAACAGGAGGGCCUGGGAGGACUGGGCCAUGGUCUGCAGACGGGACUCACGCCCCCUCCGUGCGGGCUCACCAUUCUGGUGACUGAGGCCAGCGCUUGGCCACCUGCCUAGUACUGGGCCACCGUUUUUGCCACUGUUCUCCUAGAUCUCCUCACCAUCCUCCUUUGGAGUCCACAGACAUUAACAGGCACAAAUAUGACCAACUCAGACACGCGAAGGGCUCUGAGCUCCAACGGCUUCCUUCCCACGGACUCCCCGGCUGCCCAGGUCAGCUGCCAGCCUCGGCCCUGCUUGUAACUCCCACCCCACUCAGGGCACCGGGGGCUACGUCACCCCCUUACCACUCAGAACAAGCAGACGCAUCCAGAAAAGCCGUGUGAACUCACAGUGGCAACAGUGCCGACCCUGUCCCGGUUCCCCACCUGCAAUGUGAGCCCUGACUUUGACAGCCUUUCCUGUAUGUAAGACCUCUGCCCUAAGGCAAACCUGAAUUUACAACCAGAAGCCACAUUGGGUUAAUCUGAGCUGGAUCAGUAUAGCGAGAGGUGACAAUAAAACAGGAGACGCUGAUUCUGGAAAGGGGAAAGCUGCUGCUUGCAUGGAUGCAGCAAACCCAGAUGCCUCCCAACAAAGCAACAAUUUAAAGCAAGGAUAUUGUUUCUCUUUUAGGGGUGGUGGGUUUUCAAAGGGAGAAGUCUGCAUCUUGAGCAAAAGGUAGUUUCACAGCUCUAACACGACACUGGUUGGCACAAUGUGGAAGUUUGGGCAAGGCUGUAAAUGCCAGUACAAACAGCCUCAACAGUAGGUGGUGUGUCCAAGGUCAUCUGUAACCUCCUACACUGGACCAAGUUCAUAUACCCAUUGCCUCUGGGAUUCUAGUUAAGGGCCUGGGGGCAAGGAGUUCCUCGUUUACAGAUAAGGAAAUAAAUCUGGUGCAACUACAGGUUCAUGGUCUCCCCAUCUGUGCCUUCGUCUCAGCUGCUCCCAACCCCCUCAAACUGUUGAUCUAAACGUUCUCUGUGCUUCUUUUCUCUUUUUUCCUCUCCUUUAUCAUUAAUCUCACUUUUAACAGCUUUCCAGAUUCAUGGACUAGAAAACGGCGGCUGCCUCCCCUGAAGUGGCACAGCUUGCUGCCCUUUGGCCACAGUGGCUCCUUCCGCCUGGACUCUACUCUUGGCUCCUUUUACCACCCAGGAUCUUCCUCACCUGCCCUUCCUGUACCUUUAACCUCUUCCUGCCUCCUGGCUCUUCCUCUAAGCCUGCAUUCAACAGCUCACUUCCCUUCCCUCAUGCCGCAUUCUUCUGAGGCCCCAUGUCUACUUCCCGUCCCAGUGGAGCUCUGGAACACGCCGCCUUUGCUCCUCAGCCCCCAUUCGCUGUGCAGCACAGUCGCCCGGCUUCUGCCCUUGCCUGCUCCACAGCAGGGUAGAUUCUGGACCAGCAAACCCAUGGCCACGGUCAACCAUCACCUGCCUGGACCUGUCACAUUUGAGGCCCUCACAAAAGCCUCCCUUGGCUUUUUCCUCAUUUCCCUUAUCUCCCCCGGGUGUUCCUUCUCGGCCUCCUCGA